ACAAAAAGAAAAGUAGAGUUAAAUGGUCAAACCCCAACCUUCAGUCUUCUCUUUACUUUGCUCCCAUCCUCUCCACCACCCAUUCUUCACUACUCUUGUCAACGAUUGUCCCUAACCCUGAUCCUCCAUACUACUUUGCCCUAUAUAUAUUACACACACACCACCGCCUAUUAAUUCACAUACAAUACUAUAUACCAUAUAGUAAUAUCUUUUUCCAAACUUCCCUUUGCAAGAUAUAUGGACAACGUGGAAUGCUCCUCUGAGGAAGUUUCUUCUGAUUCUUCUAUAGCACUGCAAUCCAAUUCCAGUGGUACUCAAGUAAAUUCCAAGGUUGAAUUUUCUAAAGAUGAGGAAGAUCUUAUCAUCAGAAUGCAUAAACUAGUGGGGGAUAGUAUAUUCAUUUUCAGGUGGCCUUUAAUUGCGGGAAGAAUACCUGGAAGAACAGCUGAAGAAAUAAAGAAUUACUGGAUUUCAAGACACUCUUCCACUAGCCAAUGAAGUGUCAAGAGAAAUGCUAUAUGCAUGGUUCAUAUACACAGCAUGUCUGUUUUUGUGUAUUCACUCCUAAUUGGAACAAUAAAAGUGUGAGUGCAUGCAUUUUGAAGUUUUUUUUUCUAUGAAAGAGUGCAUUUGGAAGUUUAGACAGUAAUUUUGUGCUACAACAAUAAAAUACAUCUUUUUACGAUGA